UUCAUAUUUCUAAUUACAACAGCUGCUUUUGUAUUGUAAAUUGCUAAAUUUCUCAAGUAUAAAUUAAUUCAGUUUAUCUAAAUGUGUGCGAUAGUGGUGCGAACACAGAAAUAUCAACGAAAAUGAGCGCCAGACAGCAAAACUCAUAUCAUAACGUAGUUCAAAGCGUUUGUUGUUGUUGAUAUGAAGAUGAAGUGGCUAUUGUGUUGGCAUAAGAAAUUGAAAAAAAUGCUGGUAGGUUGGAAGCCGUUGCAUUGGUUCGCUUUCAGUGCACUAUGCCUUCUGGGAUUAGGUGCCUAUUGGUACAUUUGGACAUCGGAAGUGCGCAUUGAAGAGACGUGGAGUAAUGCGAUUAAACCUCUGGGCCGUAUAGCUGCUGCUGCAAAUGGUGAUUCACUUGCACUAGACAAUUUCGAUUAUGAAGAACAAUUAGUAGUGCUAUAUAAUCGUGUGCCCAAAACGGGAUCCACCAGUUUUGUUAAUAUUGCUUACGAUUUAUGUAAGCGUAAUAAGUUUCAUGUCUUGCAUAUAAAUGUGACGGCAAAUAUGCAUGUGCUAUCGCUGCCCAAUCAGAUUACGUUUGUGCGUAACGUUACCAAAUGGCAUGAAAUGAAGCCGGCCCUUUAUCAUGGUCAUAUGGCGUUUUUGGACUUUUCCAAAUUUCAAAUUGCGCACAAACCUAUUUAUAUUAAUAUAGUACGUAAGCCAUUGGAUAGGCUAGUUUCCUAUUAUUAUUUUCUACGUUAUGGUGAUAAUUAUCGUCCGAAUUUAGUACGUAAAAAGGCGGGUAAUAAAAUUACUUUCGAUGAAUGCGUUCUAUCGAAACAACCAGACUGUGAUCCAAAGAAUAUGUGGCUGCAAAUACCAUUCUUUUGUGGUCAUGCAGCAGAGUGCUGGGAGCCAGGCAGCGAGUGGGCAUUAAAUCAAGCUAAGCAUAAUUUAGUUAAUGAAUAUUUUCUGGUUGGCGUUACCGAGCAAAUGGAAGACUUUGUGGAUCUGCUUGAGCGUUCAUUGCCGCGCAUAUUUCAUGGUUUCCGCGAACACUAUCAACAUUCCAAUAAAUCCCAUCUACGUCAAACGUCUUGGAAGAUAGCACCCAACGACGACACAAUAAAUACCAUACAUAAAACGAAAAUCUGGCAAAUGGAGAAUGAAUUGUACGAAUUUGCAUUGACACAAUUCGAAUACAAUAAGCGCAAAUUGACUGUGCCCGAUAAUAAGCAUAUGCAAAAAUUUAUGUAUGAAAAGAUAAGACCCAAAUGAUAGCAUUUGCGUAGUGCUAUUGCGAAAACGUCAAAAAUGCGCAAAAAAUGCACAAAUAUGUGAAAUUAAGUUAUGUGUGUGUAUUUUUUUUUAUUGUGUUGGCGAGCGCAACUGUUUUUAUGCGCACUGUUUUUAGUGUGAAACUCCUAUUAUAACAUGGUGGCCAUACACACACAUAUUUUUACAUGAGCCCUCCAAUUGUAGUCAUAUUUUUUAUUUAUCUCUAUUUUUUUUUUUUGUUUUUUUUUCUUUGUUCAGUAAAUAGGUAGUAUUGUUAAUAUCUUUCUGUUGUUCUUUAUACUUAAAAAAAACCUUAGCGCAUUUAUUUUUUGUGCGCAGCAAUGUACUUAAUAUGGAAAUAAGCACCUUUAAUAUGUAACUUCUACUAAGCAAUGACAAUUAUGAGAAGACAGUUUUUCUAGUUUUUAGUGAGUUAUAAGUUUUUUUUUUUUGGAGUUUUUCUGACUUAACUAUUUUUAAAUUUUUAUUUUGGAAUUUUAAAUUU